AUGGCGACCGACAACUCGGACCCAAUUCCUCCCCACAAGACGUUCGAUACCAUCCUGGUACUCGACUUCGGCUCCCAGUACACGCAUCUGAUUACGCGCCGCCUCCGCGAACUCAAUGUAUACUCUGAGAUGCUGCCAUGCACUACCAAGAUCGCUGAUCUGCCCUUCACCCCCAAGGGAGUUAUUCUCUCCGGUGGCCCGUACUCCGUCUACGAGGAAGGCGCACCACACGUCGACCACGCUGUUUUCGAUCUCGGCGUACCGAUCCUGGGAAUAUGCUACGGAUUACAAGAGAUGGCGUGGCACUUUGGAAAGAACGCUGGCGUAGCUGCUGGCGAGAAGAGGGAAUACGGACACGCGAACCUGAAGGUUGAGAGUCACGGUGGACACAUGGACCAGCUGUUCAAGGACUUGGGCAACGAUCUCGAGGUCUGGAUGAGCCAUGGUGACAAGCUGAGCCACAUGCCUCAGGACUUCAUGACGGUUGCGACAACUACCAACGCGCCAUUUGCAGGUAUUGCGCACAGCACCAAGAAGUACUACGGCAUUCAGUUCCACCCUGAGGUUACACACACAAAGAAGGGUAAGGUUCUGUUGAAGAACUUCGCCAUCGACAUCUGCGAGGCCAACACCAACUGGACUAUGAGCAAGUUCGUCAAUCAGGAGAUCACGCGUAUCAGGAAGUUGGUGGGCGACAAGGGACAGGUCAUCGGUGCCGUCAGUGGUGGCGUCGACUCGACUGUUGCUGCAAAGCUGAUGAAGGAGGCCAUUGGCGACCGCUUCCACGCCGUCAUGGUCGAUAACGGCGUCCUGCGACUCAACGAAGCCGUUCAAGUGAAGAAGACGCUCGACGAGGGCCUGGGCAUCAACCUGACCGUCAUCGACGCGUCCGACCUCUUCCUCGACCGCCUCAAGGGCGUAACUGACGACCCCGAGAAGAAGCGCAAGAUCAUCGGCAACACUUUUAUCGAGGUCUUCCAGAAGCAAGCCGAAAAGAUCAAAGCAGAAGCUCACGAAUCUGCCAACGCUGGUGAUAUCGAAUGGCUCCUUCAAGGUACCCUCUACCCUGACGUCAUCGAGUCGCUCUCCUUCAAGGGCCCUUCUCAAACCAUCAAGACACACCACAAUGUCGGUGGUCUACCAAAGGACAUGAAGCUCAAGGUCAUCGAGCCUCUACGUGAGCUUUUCAAGGAUGAGGUCCGUGAGCUGGGCAAGGAGCUCGGUAUCCCCGAAGACCUCGUCUGGCGCCACCCGUUCCCCGGUCCAGGUAUCGCAAUCCGCAUCCUGGGUGAGGUCACACGCGAGCAAGUCCGCAUUGCGCGGGAAGCUGAUAACAUCUUCAUCGAGGAGAUCAAGGCCGCGGGUCUGUACAAGAAGAUUAGUCAGGCGUUCGCUGCGCUUCUGCCUGUCAAGGCGGUUGGUGUCAUGGGUGACAAGCGAGUUCACGACCAGGUCAUCGCGUUGAGAGCUGUUGAGACAAGUGAUUUCAUGACAGCGGACUGGUACCCCUUCGAUGGCGAGUUCCUCAAGAGGGUUAGCAGGAGGAUCGUGAACGAGGUGAACGGAGUUUGCCGUGUGGUAUACGACAUCACGAGCAAGCCUCCCGGUACUAUUGAGAUGGAGUAG